AUGGGAGCUGAUAUCCAUGGAAUUAACACGAGCUUGAAUUCCACUUACGACGAUUCUACGGGGAUCAGUGGCACCGGCGUAGCUUUUCCAGGAUAUAUCAUGGUUAUCCUGGCCGUGCUCAUGGUAACUCUCGUAGUUGUAGUCGUAGUUGGGAACGCACUGGUCAUCCUCGCUUUCGUGGUGGACAAGAGCCUCCGAAACCAAAGCAACUACUUCUUCUUGAACCUGGCGAUUUCAGAUUUUCUUGUGGGGGCCUUCUGCAUCCCUGUCUACAUCCCCUACAUUCUGACCGGCCGCUGGAUGUUCGGUAGGGGGCUCUGCAAACUCUGGCUGGUCAUAGAUUACCUGCUGUGCACGGCCUCCGUCUUCAACAUCGUCCUCAUCAGCUAUGACCGCUUUCUCUCCGUCACCAGAGCUGUGACCUACAGGGCUCAGCAGAGCAUGACGAACCUGGCGGUGGGCAAGAUGGUGGCGGUGUGGGUGCUAGCCUUCCUCCUGUACGGCCCUGCCAUCAUCUUCUGGGAGUUUGUGGUGGGCAAGAGCAACGUCCCCGACGACGAGUGCUUCGCCGAGUUCUACUACACCUGGUACUUCCUGCUCUGCGCCUCCACCUUCGAGUUCUUCUCCCCCUUCAUCUCGGUGGCCUUCUUCAACCUGAGCAUCUACCUGAACAUCCGGCGGCGGAACCGGAGCCGGGCCAUGCAGAUGAAGGAGCGCGGGGGCGGCCACCACUUCCUCCCCUCCUCCCAGGGCUCGUCCGUCUUCUUCGUCAAGACGCGCAAGGUGUCGUCCAGCGAGGGCACCACGGGCACGUCGGCGGCGGCCAUUGAAGAGGAGGAGGAGAUGUCCCCCUCCUCCAGCUGCCCCAGCCACAACUCCCUGGUGCUGAAGAAGAAGGCCGCGCCUGCCAAGCAGAGGUCCGCCAGUGCCCGGGCCUGCCUGGGCAAUGGUGGCCGACGCCGCCACCACCACGGCGCCGCCAAGAGGAUCACGCAGCACUCGCGCCUCUCCCGGGACAAGAAGAUCGCCAAGUCCCUGGCCAUCAUCGUGUGCAUCUUCGGGGUGUGCUGGGCACCGUACACCCUCCUGAUGAUCAUCCGGGCCGCCUGCAGGGGGCGCUGCGUGGACUACCACUGGUACGAGAUCACCUUCUGGCUCCUGUGGUUGAAUUCGGCCAUAAACCCUUUCCUGUACCCUCUCUGCCACAGCAGCUUCAAGAGGGCCUUCAUCAAAAUUCUGUGCCCCAAACGCCAAUCGGUGCAGCCUCAGAUUGAGACGCACAUCUACCUGAACAUCCGGCGGCGGAACCGGAGCCGGGCCAUGCAGAUGAAGGAGCGCGGGGGCGGCCACCACUUCCUCCCCUCCUCCCAGGGCUCGUCCGUCUUCUUCGUCAAGACGCGCAAGGUGUCGUCCAGCGAGGGCACCACGGGCACGUCGGCGGCGGCCAUUGAAGAGGAGGAGGAGAUGUCCCCCUCCUCCAGCUGCCCCAGCCACAACUCCCUGGUGCUGAAGAAGAAGGCCGCGCCUGCCAAGCAGAGGUCCGCCAGUGCCCGGGCCUGCCUGGGCAACGGUGGCCGACGCCGCCACCACCACGGCGCCGCCAAGAGGAUCACGCAGCACUCGCGCCUCUCCCGGGACAAGAAGAUCGCCAAGUCCCUGGCCAUCAUCGUGUGCAUCUUCGGGGUGUGCUGGGCACCGUACACCCUCCUGAUGAUCAUCCGGGCCGCCUGCAGGGGGCGCUGCGUGGACUACCACUGGUACGAGAUCACCUUCUGGCUCCUGUGGUUGAAUUCGGCCAUAAACCCUUUCCUGUACCCUCUCUGCCACAGCAGCUUCAAGAGGGCCUUCAUCAAAAUUCUGUGCCCCAAACGCCAAUCGGUGCAGCCUCAGAUUGAGACGCAGUCCUGACAGGGUUGCUGCCAAGCGAUUCCUGAUCAGAUUAAGAUAUCCCUCUCCAAAGAAAGCUGGGGGAUGGAGGUGGGGACGGGAGGGAUUCCUCCGGACAGUCAAUGCUCAGCCCGGGCCAGAAGCACAAUGUACACGGUA